UCAACGACGCAACCUUUAGCAGCCACCGAGUCUGAGGGUUCAGAGAACCUGGCCAGGUAGAGGAACCGACAGGUUGGUUAUAGGGAAACCUGGGUCUAAGGAGCCAAGAUCAACUGUGUGGGUGCAUAUUAUGCACUGGAGUCACCAGGCGGGAAAAUGUACGUCAGUUAUCUCUUGGAGAAGGACACCAGUAUGUACCCGAAUUCCGUAAGACACUCAAGCCUAAACCUGAACCCUCAGAAUUUUGUCCCCACACCUCCUCAGUAUCCAGACUUCACAGGAUACCAUCACGUCCCUGGAAUUCCCAGCGACCCUCACCACAGCCAGACAGGAGCCUGGAAUCCCGCGUACCCUCCGCCGCGAGAGGAAUGGCCACCUUACGGCCCGGGAACAGGAGCUUCGACCUCGAGCACUGGUCAGCUGGGCUUCAGUCCUCCAGAGUUUUCAUCUGUUCAAGCGACCGGCCUUCUCCCAUCCUCCAUAAACACAUCAGUCGGUCAGCUGUCGCCCAACUCUCAGAGACGGAACCCCUACGACUGGAUGCGUCGGAGCGCGCCGCCGCCAAACUCAGGGGGGAAAACCAGAACAAAAGACAAAUAUCGGGUAGUGUACACGGAUCAUCAGCGACUGGAGCUGGAGAAAGAGUUUCAUUACAGCCGUUACAUCACAAUAAGAAGAAAGGCAGAACUGGCGACAGCACUCAGUCUGUCAGAGAGACAGGUGAAGAUCUGGUUCCAGAACCGGCGUGCUAAAGAGAGGAAAGUCAAUAAAAAGAAAAUGCAACAGCCGCAGCCGGCAUCCACGACCACACCGACCCCCCCUGGAUCAGUUCUGCCUGGGAAUGUUUCAAUGGUGACCAGCAGCAGCGGUGGCCUGGUGUCACCAUCCAUGCCAAUGACUAUCAAAGAAGAGUACUGAACUUCAUACAGAGCCCUCUCACACUUUUACACACAGGGUACUUUCAAAUCAACUCAUCAAUGAAAACACACCAUGAAUGGAGCAACCGUGACAAAAGACUGAAAUCGAAAGUAGUCCAUUGAAAAGUAAUGCAGCAACAUUCUGAAAUGGAUGAGAGAAACGUUGUGUAAUAUUCCUCUGGUCGUGUCGGUUUCUUUAUCCUAAUACUUUAUUACUUU